AUGUUCUUUAAAUUUCAUUUGUAUGGCUUGGAUUUGAGUGACACUUUGAUUGAGACUUUGAUUGAUCGGGUUGAUCUAUCUGAAGCUGAGGCUGAAUCAUCUCUCGAGUUUUUGCUGAACGAGGCAAACGAGGCACUAAUUAGUGCCUUUCUGGUUCUCCUGAGAGCUAAAGGAGAGACAUACGAAGAAAUUGUGGGGUUGGCUAGGGCAAUGAUGAAGCAUGCCAGGAAAGUGGAAGGAUUAGUCGAUGCUGUGGACAUAGUUGGAAUAGGUGGUGAUGGAGCAAACACAGUCAAUAUAUCAACUGGAUCUUCAAUACUUGCUGCAGCUUGUGGUGCAAAAGUAGCAAAGAGGUUUGAACAAAAAUCUCAAGAUUCUGAGUCAUUACCACUUGUUCCCACCACCAAAACGUUUCUCAGGCGAUUCAUUCAAGCAGCACAAGCGUCUCACAAGGUGAUUCCCGAUAUGGAGAUGGAGUUUCUAGCAAAUCAAGUUAUAAACGUGUUUACUUAA